CAACUCAGUUUACCUUUGAUGUCAAAAUAUCUAAGCUUCUGCAAAUGGAAAUGCAACUUAGACAACCAUGACCAUGGCUAUUCAGAAGGUGCUACUCAUUCUGUUUUUGCAUAUACAAGUUCUCAAUAUCGUAACGCAGCUUCCUGAUUUACGAUUUGGUAGAUGUUUUGAGAAUGGUAACUAUACUGAAAAUAGUGCAUACCAGAAGAAUCUUAACUCAGUCCUUUCUUCCCUUUCCUCAAAAAUAGGUAACUAUGGUUUCGACUAUGCUUCCAUUGGCCAAAACACCGACGAGGUCAGUGGUAUUGUGCUAUGUAGAGGAGAUGUGGAGCUGGAACAAUGUCGCAGUUGCGUCAAAAACGCUGCUCAAAAACUUGUGCAGUUAUGUCCUACCCAAAAAGAAGCUGUUGGUGGCUAUGAUGAAUGUUCGUUGCAGUACUCGAAUAAUCAAUCCAUUAUAAAUACUCAAUCGUUGUCUGUUCAAUAUUUUAUUUGGAAUCCAGCGAAUGCCUCAAAACCCGAGGAAUUUAACCAGGAACUGGGUAAAUUACUGGAAAAUUUACGAGACCGUGAUGUAAAUGGUGGUCCCUUGCGAAAAUAUGCUAGUGGUAGUGUGACAGGUCCAGAUGAUCAGACUAUAUAUGCACUUGUGCAGUGUACUCCUGAUUUAUCUCCCCAGAAUUGCUUCAAUUGCUUAACUGACGCUUAUGGAACCAUGCCUCAAUGUCCUUGCCUGGGAAAGAGGGGUGGAAGAAUAAUUGGGCCUAGGUGCAACUUCCGUUAUGAAAGUUCCCGUUUCUUCGUUGAUGUGCCGUUGGAAGCUCCGCCACCUGCAGGAAAUGAUGAUAAAACAGCUCCAAUGGGGAAUGGUAAUGAAACGGCUCCAACAGGGAAUGAUAAUACAGUUCCAAUAGUGCAGGAUGAUAAAAAAGCUCGACUCGUCAUUAUUAUCAUUGUGCCAACUGUUAUAGUUGUUGUUCUUGCUGUAUGUAUUUCUGUCAUCUUAAUGAAGAAGCGAAAGAAGAAGCUGGUGGACAAAAUUCAAGGUACACUCGGGGAUGAUAUUAGCGAUGUAGAAUCCUUGCAGUAUGAUUUUUCUAUAAUUAGAGAAGCAACAGACAACUUCUCAAAUGCUAAUAAAUUGGGACAGGGUGGAUUUGGUCCUGUGUAUAAGGGUAAGCUUCAAAAUGGACAAGAAGUAGCAGUGAAAAGAUUGUCAGCAGAUUCAGGCCAAGGUGAUCUAGAGUUCAAAAACGAGGUCUUGUUGGUUGCCAGGCUUCAGCACAGGAAUUUGGUUAAGUUACUCGGAUUUUGCCUGGAUGGAACAGAGAGACUUCUUGUCUAUGAAUUUGUUCCCAAUGCAAGCCUUGACCAAUUUUUAUUUGAUCAAGUUAAACGUAGCCAACUGGAUUGGGAAAGGCGAUCCAAAAUCAUAGGAGGCAUAGCUAGGGGAAUUGUUUACCUUCAUGAGGAUUCUAGACUUCGCAUCAUUCAUCGCGAUCUCAAAGCUGGUAAUGUUCUACUUGAUGCAGAGAUGAAUCCUAAAAUUGCAGACUUUGGCAUGGCAAGACUAUUUACAUUGGAUGAAACACAAGGCAACACAAACAGAAUUGUUGGGACUUAUGGGUAUAUGGCUCCAGAGUAUGCAAUGCAGGGGCAAUUUUCAGUGAAAUCAGAUGUUUAUAGCUUUGGAGUACUAGUCCUGGAAAUUAUAAGCGGUCAACGAAACAUUUGUUCCAGAAAAGGAGAUUCUGUGGAAGACCUUCUGAGCGUUGCUUGGUUGAACUGGCGCGAAGAAACAGUUUCAAAUUUGAUAGACCCUAUGCUGAGGGGAAGCUCGGGACCUGUUGGUGACAUAGUGAGAUACAUCCACAUUGCUUUAUUGUGCGUUCAAGAAAAUGUUGCUAAUAGACCAAACAUGGGUGAAGUACUUCUCAUGCUCAGUAGUCGCUCUUUGAGUCUUCCAGUUCCACACAACGAUGUAAACCCACAGAUUUUACACUUAGGAGAUGUCAAUUCAACAAUUUCCGCGUCAAGCAAACUAACGGAAAGUAAAUCAAUAUGUUCUUCAGGAAAUCAGGAUUUGAUAACUGAGCUGCAUCCUCGAUAAAACAUC